AUGUCUGCGGCUCCUCAACCCUCGAGUAAUACGCGCCAUAAGGCGAAGCUCGCUCCGUCGUUAUCGACGGUGUAUGCGGGAAACCUGGACUACUCGCUUACCAACAACGACCUGCACACGCUGUUCGGUGUAUUCGGACAGAUCGCUAAGGUGACAGUAAUGAAGGACAAGGAGACUCGCGAGAGCAAGGGGGUGGCGUUUGUGCUCUAUGUGCAUAAAGAAGACGCUCUUAAAGCGGUGGCAGCGAUGCAAGGGAAGCGUCUGAACGGCCGAACGCUCAAAGUCAGCAUCGCCAGCGACAACGGCCGGGCUGCUGAGUUCAUUCGACGCAAGGAGUACAAGGACAAGAGCCGCUGCUACGAGUGCGGGGAUGCAGGCCACCUGUCAUACGAAUGCCCCAAGAACCAGCUAGGCCCACGGGAGCGGCCCACUCCAAAGCGCAAGCGCAAGAGCGGUGAAAGCAGAGAGGGGGGAGGAGGGGGGCGAGGAGGAGGGGAGGUGGAAGGGGGAGAGGAUGAAGAGGAGGAGGAGGAUGAAGAGGAGGAGGAGUUUGAUGAUGAUGAUUGGGCGUCUGCUGUGGCUCCCAGGCAGAGCCUACAAACGGUUGAAGCAUCAAUGGGAGCACAUCACAGUUCAAAGCUGUCGCUCAAGGGCCCAAAGAAGCAUCGAGGCUAUUUCAGCGAUGAGAGUGGUGACGAAGAUGAUUGA